CGUAUAAACAAAACAAAAUAUAAACAGUUAAGAUGUCACAGCGGACAUCCCAGCCAAUUAAGCGAUACAGACGCACCUCUAAUUCCUCCGAGGAUAAGGAAGAGGAUACCAAUGAUAACUAUGUGCCCUACGUGCCGGUAAAAGAGCGCAAAAAGCAACAUAUGAUGAAAUUGGGGCGGAUUGUGCAUCUGGCCACGGAAUCGCAGGCAAAGUCAUCCAGUGAGAACGAGAACGACGAAGAAUCGCAGGGUGCUCACGAUGCGGAGACGUGGGGACGGAAAUACAACAUCAGCCUGUUGGAUCAGCAUACGGAACUAAAGAAGAUUGCCGAAGCCAAAAAAUUGAGCGCCGUCGAGAAACAGCUGCGCGAAGAAGAGAAAAUCCUGGAGAGUGUGGCCCAACAGAAGGCCCUGAUGGGUGUGGCAGAAUUGGCAAAGGGCAUUCAGUACGAAGACCCUAUAAGAACUUCGUGGCGUCCGCCCCGUUAUAUUCAGGCAAUGUCAGAGCAUCAACGCCAAGCCAUACGCAAGCAGCUGAGAAUACUGGUCGAAGGUGAAAGCCCUUGUGCGCCCAUACAAAGUUUUCGCGAAAUGAAGUUUCCCAAGGGCAUUCUGAAUGGACUGGCCGCUAAGGGCAUUAAGAAGCCAACCCCAAUUCAGGUGCAGGGUCUGCCAACUGUGCUCGCUGGCCGCGAUUUAAUUGGCAUAGCCUUCACUGGCAGCGGCAAAACAUUGGUGUUCGUUCUACCCAUUGUGAUGUUCGCACUGGAGCAAGAGUACAGUCUGCCAUUUGAGCGUAACGAAGGACCGUAUGGCCUGAUUAUCUGUCCGUCUCGGGAGUUAGCCAAACAGACACAUGAGAUUAUACAACACUAUUCCAAGCACCUUCAGGCCUGCGGGAUGCCUGAGGUGCGCUCCUGUCUGGCCAUGGGUGGCUUGCCAGUCUCGGAGGCACUUGAAGUGAUAUCGCGUGGUGUGCACAUUGUUGUGGCAACGCCGGGACGACUUAUGGACAUGUUGGACAAGAAGAUUCUCACGCUAGACAUGUGCCGCUAUCUGUGUAUGGACGAGGCGGAUCGCAUGAUUGAUAUGGGCUUUGAGGAGGAUGUACGCACCAUAUUCUCUUUUUUUAAAGGCCAGCGUCAAACGCUGCUCUUCUCCGCCACUAUGCCCAAAAAGAUUCAAAAUUUUGCACGCUCUGCUCUGGUGAAGCCCAUUACCAUUAACGUAGGACGCGCUGGUGCCGCCUCGAUGAAUGUAACACAGGAGGUUGAGUAUGUGAAGCAGGAGGCUAAGGUGGUUUAUUUGCUGGACUGCCUGCAAAAGACGGCCCCACCAGUUCUGAUAUUCGCAGAGAAGAAACAGGACGUUGAUUGCAUACACGAGUACUUGUUGCUUAAGGGUGUCGAGGCGGUAGCCAUCCACGGUGGCAAGGAUCAGGAAGAACGUUCUCGGGCAGUGGACGCCUAUCGCGUGGGCAAAAAAGAUGUGCUAGUUGCCACAGAUGUUGCGUCCAAAGGCUUGGACUUUCCCAAUGUGCAGCACGUUAUCAAUUACGACAUGCCCGACGACAUUGAAAACUAUGUACAUCGCAUCGGCCGCACAGGCCGCUCCAAUACAAAGGGACUAGCCACUACGCUAAUCAACAAAAUUACUGAGCAGUCUGUACUCUUAGAUCUUAAACAUUUGCUAAUCGAGGGCAAGCAAAAGGUGCCAGACUUUCUCGACGAGUUGGCACCCGAGGCGGAGCACCAGCAUUUGGACUUGGGCGACUAUGGCUGCAGUUACUGUGGUGGAUUGGGCCAUCGGAUUACCGAGUGUCCCAAACUGGAGGCCGUGCAAAGCAAGCAGGCAUCGAACAUUGGGCGACGCGAUUACUUGUCGAACACCGCGGCCGACUACUAAAUAUUCUUUUGACUUAAUUAGGAAUGCUCGACUAAGCUUCAAAAUAAACGUGGAAUUCCAAUUCGGAUUUUUGUGCGAAGUACUUUUGUUGAUGUUGCUGUCGUUGUUCCAGUCGUGCCGAUAAGCGGAGAGAGGCUUCGUGUUAUCAAUUAUCUCAGUUUAUACCGGCUCGGAGAGCGUGUGGGUUCGACAUCGGCUUGAAUGGC